CAAAAAUUCAUAAAAAUUAAUCAGAUAUAUCCCGGUUAAACGUUUUCCCGAGAUAAAUUAGAUUCCUCUGUCAAAAAAUAUGAAAAUCACCAGUGUAAAAAACAGACCUUUUAGUUCUGAAAAUGUCCGUUUUAACGAAAAUUGUUCAUUAUAAAAUAGAUGCACUGUAAUUGUUGCAAUAACAUGGCUACGGCUAGUCUUUGCUAUGUGAUGGUGAUCUCCCAGGUUGGGUACUCAUGUUUUAGCUGGAAUUGCUGUAAUCCAUAUAAUUUCUAUGUAAAAGUGACUCAGAGGGUAUUAAAAAGUUUGGAUCCCUUGGUCAAUAAACAACUUUUGCACGGCUAUUUACAUUUACAAUAAGCUUUUUUUUUUGCUGAUAGAAGGAGUAGUCAGUAAGUGAUCUUUGUCGAAAGAUCAGGCGAUGUGCUGUCCUGUAUGUCCUAGUAGGGAUUCCAUAAAAACUAUAGAUCACAUUUUCAUUACUAUAGAUGGAUUCUUUAGUAUAAAAUAUAAGUCAAAGGCAAGUCAUCUUGAUCGAAUUAAUGUGGUCAGCACUGCGGAGAACGCAUGGGUUUUUACGAACGAGGACGCAUCCAGCGCUGCAGUUAAUGGUGCUUCAAUUAUUUCAAAACGGUAUCCCGUAAAAAGACUUUUUGUGGCUUCGUUUGCACGUCAUGACAUCGCCUUAAAGAUGACGGAUAUGAUAGUGAUAAUGGGAAAAACAAAAUUCCUUGCAAUAUUCUUAGAUUUUUCGUUCCUCCUAAACAUCAGCCGUGAACAGAUUUUAUACCAAAGACCAUGUUGA